UGUUUUACUCUUUCGAAAACAAAUAAACCCAAAAGGUUAGUGAUUAGUAAUCAAACACUUAAAGCAAUUCGGAUGAACAGCGCUUACGUACAAUCCAUCGUUUCUUUCAUCGUAAUGCAGUGUUCGUAACUCUGAGAAUAGAAACCCGUUCGCAAUCUUACUUCAACCCAUCUUCCACCUUUCAAACCUUUUUUGCAUAUUCUCGACCUUCAGGUUUUAAUUUGAGAAAGGCACAACGUAUGGAUCACCUCAGAUUCAGUUCUUGAUCCGGUUAUCACCUGUAUAUCAAGGUUGUGGUGGAAACGAAUGCUGAAUAGUGAAUACUGAUGGAGACUACCACAGUUAAAAGUAAUUCUGUAUCAGUAUUGCAAGUGUGAAAAUUAUAAUGCAAUUGCUAUGGAUGAAACACAAGAUCAGUAUUAUUCUUCCAGUCUACCUGAGAUUUCUUUGUCUCGUGAUGGUAGUGUGAGGUCUUAUUCCAAUGCGCAAAUAAAUCGUGGGACUGGGAUGCCAGGCCUGAAGAAGAGAGGUCAUGGAAGUCGGUCUUGGAUUAAAAUUGGUAACGAUGGGAAUUUUGAGACAGUGAGACUUGACAAGGCAACUAUAAUGAGAAAUUGUUCUUUGCCUUCUAGAGAUCUCCGGCUAUUGGAUCCAAUGUUUAUUUAUCCUUCAGCAAUAUUAGGACGGGAGAAGGCUAUUGUAGUCAACCUUGAGCAAAUCCGAUGUAUAAUCACUGCGGAUGAGGUCAUCCUGAUGAAUUCAUUGGAUGGUAGUGUUGGUCAGUACAGGUCAGAAUUAUGCAGUCGCCUUAAGAAUGAAAAAGCUGAUGAUCUACCUUUUGAAAUUAGGGCACUGGAGUUGGCUCUAGAAUUGACAUGCACAUCUUUAGAUGCUCAGGUAAACGAACUGGAAAUGGAAAUAUAUCCCGUGCUAGAUGAACUAGCCUCAUCUAUCAGUACUCUAAAUCUGGAACGUGUUAGGAGAUUUAAAGGUCACCUGCUUGCUUUGACUCAACGAGUUCAGAAGGUUCGUGAUGAAAUAGAACAUCUUAUGGAUGAUGAUGGUGACAUGGCUGAGAUGUGUCUAACUGAGAAAAAGAGAAGAUCUGAUACUUACACUAUUAAUGACUGUUUUCAAACUAAUGCAUCUGGUGGAGUGAUUUCAAAGUCAGCUCCUGUUUCACCCGAGCGAACGACUAGUGGAGUCCAGAUGUUGCAAAGGGCUUUCAGCAGCAUUGGAAAUUCUAGUAAACAUGGUAGCUCAAUGGUCUCUUCUGAUAACGAGGAAAGGAUUGAGCCACUCGAAAUGUUGCUUGAAGCAUAUUUUGUACUCAUUGAUAAUACUCUUAACACACUAUUAUCGCUCAAAGAGUACAUUGACGACACAGAAGAUUUUAUCAACAUAAAAUUGGGAAAUAUUCAAAACCAGCUAAUACAGUUUGAGCUGCUUCUUACAGCUGCUACAUUGGUAGCUGCAGUAUUUACUGCUGUAGCAGGUGUAUUUGGAAUGAACUUUGAAACCACAGUUUUUGACUAUCCAUCUGGAUUCAAUUUGGUUUUGGUAAUUACUGGUAUUGCUUGUAUAGCAUUGUAUUUCGCUCUCCUAUUUUAUUUUAGGUACAAGAAAGUGCUUGCAGCUUAAACUUAAAUACCAAUAAAUUGAGCGUGCGUUCGCAUUGGUCAAGAUGACAGCUUGCAGCCGAAUAUAACAUCUAUUUGCUUGUGGAAGAUAAUUUACUCAUAAUUCACUGCUUCAACAUGGCUGGAUACAUUGAAUCUUUUUCCAUUUUAUCAAUCAAGAUGCCAUUGUCAUACUUGGGCAACUAUCCAUGGUGCAGGCCAAUAUGUCUCUAUAAUCACGCGAUAUAUUGAAGGAGUCAUAAACCUUCCCAUCUCGGCUCUUCUUGUACUCAAACAACAAAUUUGAGUGAUCAAAAGCAGUUAGUUUUACAAAUCCAUAGUCAUAGUCUUUAAAGAUGCUCCAUUUGGUUUUGAGGGAAGUAAAUGUUGAAAGGCUAGAUCCACCACCACCAGCAACAAUAUGUAUUGUCCCCUUUAAGGUUCCCUUAUAGUGGUAUUUCUCUUCAUUAGUGCAGAUAUUCUGUUGCAAAAUGUAAAAGAUAGUUGUUAGUAGAGAAAAUGCACAUUGUCUUUCCGAUUUUCAGGUUUAAAUGAUGAUAUUUGUGGCAUGUAAAAUGCUAUUUGUUUCA